AUUUAAUAAUUGAUUUAGUUAUUAAUCUACAAUUUAAUAACAAAUAUAUUUAUUGUGUUUGUGUAUUUUAAUAAAAUCAAAACAAAUUUAAAGAUAAGAGAACUAAAAUAAUGAAAUAUAAAACUAUAAAAAUUUUACGCCCAUUCAAUUGCGUUUAUCGUUUCCAGUGCAAUUUUACAAACAAAAAGAUUCGACCUUGUGGUGUUUAAAAUAAAUAUUUAUUUAAACAAGAAACAUUUUUGGUGAUAAAAACUUUUAUAAAUACUGAAUUACUAAGAAAAUUAAUAGUUUAUGGGUAAUUUAAAAAAAAUAUAUUGAAUGAUUUUUGGGGCAAAAUUAGCCAUUGAUGAAAUUUACAAAAUCGCAAUUGAAAUUUAAUUAUAAAAAAAUAUUUUAUGAACUAAAAGACUAUAGUCGCUGAUCUGAUGAAAAUGGCGAAAGAUUAUGAUUAUUUACUUAAAGUUUUAUUAGUUGGAGAUAGUGAUGUUGGAAAACAUGAAAUCUUAUCUGGUUUAGAAGAUGGAUCUUCCGAAAGUCCUUUUUGUAGUGGAACUGCAUAUAAGACCACUACAAUACUCUUAGAAGGCAAAAGAGUCAAAUUGCAAUUAUGGGAUACUUCAGGACAAGGAAGGUUCUGUACUAUAAUUAGAUCAUAUUCGCGAGGUGCACAAGGAAUUAUACUUGUCUAUGACAUUACAAAUAAAUGGAGUUUUGAUGGAAUUGAUCGUUGGCUUAAAGAGGUAGAAGAGCAUGCACCUGGUGUACCGAAAGUUCUAGUUGGUAACCGUUUGCAUUUAGCAUUUAAACGACAGGUUGCUGCUAAAACAGCUGAACUUUAUGCUUCAAGAAAUAAUAUGGCGUGUUUUGAAAUAUCACCAUUAUGUGACUUUAAUAUAAGAGAAUCAUUUUGUGAGUUGGCUAGGAUGGCAUUACAUCGAAAUGGUAUGGAGAGAAUUUUACGAAGCAAUAAAGUAUUAUCAUUGCAAGAACUAUGCUGCCGAACAAUUGUUAGACGAACUAGUGUAUACGCUAUAGAUACGCUACCACUACCUCCGUCAGUAAAAUCAAAUUUGAAAUCAUAUGCGUUAACGACAUCACAAUGCUUUAAUACAUUAUCACAUUCAACUAAAAAUAGUAAACGAUGCAAAACACCAACUCAAAGUAGUAAUUCAAGAAAUAGCUGUUGUGUUUCGUGAUUUAUUUUCCUACCACAGUUUUCUAAUCGUAAUGCUACUUCUAAUAAUACUUUUUAAAAUAAAAUGAAAAAAUUAAGUAUGUAAUAAAUAUUGAUAAUGAAAAUAAGAUUUUUACAACAAUGAUAACAUUAAAAAUAUAUUAACAUAAACAUGUGAGUAAUAUUUAAAAUUUUAAAUACAAAGAUAUGUAAAUUUUAUAUUCCGAUACCCUUUCGAUUCAUGGAUUUGCCAGUGAAUAGGCUUAAUAAAAAAAGAAAAUCUUUUGUUUUACUGUAUUUUUUUUUAAAAGUUUCAAAAAAAUAUCAUAAUUUUUAAUCUGGAAAUAUAAAUACAAUCAAUAUAACUAAUUUUAAAAACAUAAUACAUUUAUUUCUCAUGAUUCAUACAGGAAAUAAUAAUGCUAUAUGUAUACAUGUACAUAUUUAAAUGCCUUAGUUAAA